CAAGGCCAACCCAAGGACUCGUGCUUCCACAGCGAAAAAGAGGAAGGGCCUUGAGGUCAGUGCUCCAAGCUCAGGAGGGUUCUCCUAUGACGAUCUCAGCUUUACCGAUUCCUUAGAGCCGAUGACAUCCUUCCUUAACAAGGGCCUCCAGCAUUUGCUCCACUUGUACAACGAUGCAUGUGGUACUGUCGCCCUCCAUGAAGCCAGGAUUAAGCAGCUCGAAACCACUGUUGCCGACCAAGGUGCCAUUGCCGAGGCAAAGAGCCGGCACUAUGAGGAUAAGCUGAAAAAGGUCACCCAGGAUGCUGAGCUCAAAUUGGCCACCAUGCAAAUGGAUCACGAUCAGGCCAUGAUCAAUUUCCGGGAAGGAAUCAAGACUUCCGCUAUUGUCUCCCUGUUACAAGCACGCAUCAAGAUGGCCUAUGAGGCCAAGGAGACAGGUCUUGUUUGUCCAUCCUGGCCAAUUGAAUCCUGGGUAGCCAAGCUGAAGGAGCUCGGAGGCAAGGUUGUACCACUCCCAUCUGAAGCCGGUGAAUCUUCCAAGCCUUGA